ACGUUUGGACCAGAAGCAGACCAAACACGAUGUUGUUUCGAUUUGGCGUCAUUGUAACUCCCGAGCGUACCGACAUUGAAGUGUUGAUGGUGGGUUCGCGAGACGAGAUGGGGCACUGGGACAUCGGCAAAGCCGUGGUUAUGACGCCCGCGCGCUUAGUGCUCUCCACGCGCGAGCCUUUCCUGUGGGUUUGCGAGCUGCAGCUCAAGCCGCCGUUCUUAGAGAAAUUCUGGUACAAGUUUGUCAAACGGGUCAAAGGCGGAGACCUCAUCUGGGAAGGUAACGGUCCCCAUCACGACCGCGGUUGUGUGUACGAGGAGAGGAACGUGGUGGAGGGCGUCCACUGCACCCCGAUUGGCCACUGGAUCGAGCAGAGCGGUCACACGGACGAGAUGAAGCACACCACCGACUUCUACUUCGGCAUCGCCGGGGAGCAGGCCAUGCACUUCUCACAGAUCAUGCCGCGGGUGUGGCUGGGCAGUUGCCCCCGGCGCGUGGAGCAUGUGACGGUGAAGCUGAAGCGGGAGCUGGGCGUCACCGCGGUGAUGAACUUCCAGACCGAGUGGGACGUCGUCAACAACUCGCACGGCUGCCGCCGCGACCACAACGAGACCAUGAGCCCGGAGACCAUGACGCGACUCUACAGCGACUGUGACAUGUCUUACGUCUGGAUUCCCACGCCCGAUAUGAGCACUGAAGGCCGUGUGCGCAUGCUGCCCCAGGCCGUCUUCCUGCUGCAGGGGCUGCUGGGUAACGGGCACACGGUGUACGUGCACUGCAACGCGGGCGUGGGGCGCUCCACGGCGGCCGUGUGCGGCCUGCUGAUGUACGUGCUGGGCUGGAGCGUGCGGCGGGCGCAGUACCACCUGUGUGCCCGCCGCCCGGCCGUCUACAUCGACGAGGAGGCGCUGGUGCGCGCGCAGGGGGACUACCACUGCAAGUUCGGCCGUGCGCAGAGCGCACCGUGCCUAGUGGAGGAGUGAUACAGUACACACACACACACACACACACACAUAUACACACACACACACAUACACACACACACACACACACACACACACACAUACACACACACACACACACGCGCGCACACACACACACACGCACACAGACACGCACACACACACACACACACGUACACACACACACACACGCACACAGAC